UGUUUGUUCGUUCGUUCGUUUCUCCAGCGAAGCGAGCUCCGACGAGGGAAUCCCUGGCGGAAGAAGAGCAAUCGUCGCCCAUGAAGAAACAGAAGGUCGAAGAGGAAGAGAAGAUAUACAGUGAUACACACGUGCCCGAGCUGGGUUGUAAACCCCAGUGGGAUGUGGACAGCUACGAUGGUCGCGAGUACGAAUCAGAUCCCGAGGAUAGAAAGUUGUUCUCUGACGACGAAGAGUAUGAGAAGUACCGUCGCGAAAGACGCAGGGCUUUCGAUAGUAAGGGUUUUAUUUAUGAACCUCUGAGCGGAAACUAUCCAAUUAAAGAUCUGGAAGCAUUAGUGUAUCCCAACGUGACUAGUCGGGAGUUGAUGACAGAUCUUGCCAACUUGUGUGUUAAGAAACUCAACGAGACUGAGAAAAAGACGGUUGAAUUGGUUGAAAUUGUGAGAGUUAUUGUGCUUGGUGGAGGUACCCGGAAAGCUUACAUAACGUUUAUGGCUCCUGAAUCUCUCAAUGGACCUCUUAUUGAGUACCAAGCCAAAGUGGUUACCUAUGCAAAAAACUUGAAACCUCCUGUUCCUAUCCUCUGCAGACCAAGUCCUAUACCCUCAAUCUAGCCAGAUUGACGACAAGCUAGCAAUUUGAAGUGUUACUCUCUUACCCUAUAUUGCGCUUGUGAUGAAAUUAAUUGUCUGGCCAUGCUCUAGUUUUUAUAAUAUAUGAUCUACUUAAGUGUGUGACCUAUUUGCUCUACUCUAAUUUGAAGUUUUAUCACAUAUAGGAACUAUUUAUAAUUGUGUUCAACA